CGCUUCGAGAUCGCUGUAUCACCGCUCCCUCUCGUCUCCGAUGACCGGACGGGGUGUGGCGUUUUCGAAACGCCGUGCCCCCUCGCGGAACUGGACGGGGUAGGGAGUUUUCAGAACGCCCUAUACCAUGCGACGCUCGAAUGCGUCGGCGACUCACGUGAGGCGGUGGUGGAAGGUUUGAAAUCUGAAUGCGAUCCAUUCCUUCGUUUGGAAUGUGCCUGCCAUCAGGAGGAGCAUCUGCUGUCCCAGAAAAGAGAGUCUACAACACGUGCACAAUCUAUAGAGAUAGGGAGUGGGCCCUUGACUGGGUGGGGGUGCUACACGAGGCGGGAUGUGGGGCCGCUGUGUUUCUGAAGAACGCCUCGGGUGACGACUGGUUUUGUGUUGGAGGGAUUAUUAAAUCCGAGGAUGAGAGGGUGGACGGGCACGGACGGAAUUUCAGGAGGUUUCUCCUCACAACGGUGUUCGACGAACAAGGAGUGGACCAUGCGAAGGCCGACCGUAAAGUAAGCCUUGAUUACAAUCUGUUCAAGGGGUAUGGCGGUAAGGCUAUUACCAUGAAAGCCUUCGAUGUGUCCCCGAAAGAAGACGGGAGUGUGUUGACGAUGCUUGGCCCCGUUAAAUUCCUCGCCAAAACGAACGGCUACAGGAGAUCCAGAAACAGUCCCACGGUUGAGGCCGACCAUCGUAUGUCCCCGACAUUCGUGCCUUUUGACACGCUGGAUGAGGAUCUUUCCGGUAUAGCAAUGAUAGAGAGACAGAGGACGCCACAUAGUUUUCCAACGCAACAGACGUCAGCGAGUGGGGGCCGGCGCCUCAACAAACAGAGCCAACCGCGUCGUCCACCAGGCGAGGAUGAGCAUGGUCCUUCUGUGGGUUCGUCCCGCCGGAUGGAGUGUGUUGGACCGUCUCAACCGUCCAGCCGGCAAGACCAAGGCAUCCCUGUCAUCACAUACAAAAGGAAGGCCCUUGCAACUCGUCCCUCUCCCAGUUGCGAGAAGGACGAAGGUGGUGCGUCCAGGAAGGCGGCGCUGCGGGAGAUAAGCGAAGGAUCGGACGAGGAAACGGAGGACAAUUCUAGGGUAUGUGUUGAUCGACAUCCACAGGGUAAUCAUGCGACGAGGAAUGUGGUGUCGAUGAGCGAGAGGGAGAGAGAGAGAGAGGAUCGUGUGGAAACUAUGCACGACUGCGAGGGUGGGGAGUCUCAACAAUACUAUGAGGAGGACGACGGGGGCGAUGGAGAAAACGAUCAUGCCUAUCCUGUAGGUGAUGACGAUGGACGGCAAGAGCGGUCGGCUAAUGUGGGGGUCGACGACGCAACAGGAGAGCGGUUGGAGGCCUGUGUCCAGAAAAGGAAGCGACAAUCUUCAACAAGUCCAACGGCGGCGGCAGAUAAGCGCGCUGCGAAGAAACUCACUGUCGAUGCAUCUCGACAGGCGCUCAAAGCUUCUCAAGAGGCGGUCACUAAAAGCGUGAAGAAACGAAAAGGGUCCGCGUCGAUAAGGACGACAAAAGCGGAGAAACGUCCACCGAAAAGAAAGCAGAUGGUGGAUGAGGGUGACUCUGGAAAAGAUGCCGAAGGGGUUCCUCCAAGAGAUGUCUCGGAACAGACACAACCUUCCGCCGACACCCGUGAUGAAGCCAUCGACACAACACGGUGCUUCUUCUUGGAGUUCGAUGAAGAUGGGUUUGCAAAGAAGAAAAGGGAACACAUUGAAGUGGACGUCACGAAGAUCUUGCCAAUCCCUGAAGGUGACAUCCUCUUCAACAAUAGAACGUUGGACGAAACGUUGGUGCAGUCCAUUUAUGAUGCGAUCCAUCAUGCGGCCAAGGAAACCAACGGGAAGUGGGAUUUCAUGACUUUCAUCUUGGCUCCCAUUGUGCCCAACACGGACGGGUCUCAAGGCAGACGGAUCACACCGGAGCAAUUCGACGUCGAACUGGCUCAUACAUACAACUGGUAUGCUGUUGCUGGCCAGCACACGGCUGAGGCAAUGAACAGACUCAUUAAAGACAAGUCACCGGCCGAGAAAGUGUAUGACUUGAGGUCGUACUCUCACGUACGUGUUGUCUACUUUAACGAUGACAGAAACAGAGGAUAUCCAUACGUCUCGACGUUCGAUAACACGAGGGAGGAGCAUUCGAUCCCGAGAUCGUUUUCGCCAUCUGUGCGCCAAAUUAGAACAUUUUGGGAUAAGAGGAAUGGCCGGAUCCGUCCGCCAGGGACCGUGUUCCCGAAUGAUGUCGAGGGAAUGAAACGGAAAAAUAAAUGGGAAGAGUUCAUGAACGCCGCCUGCAAAAUGACACCUGAUUCCGGUCUCAUGAACUCGUCCCUGGAGAACGACUACUGCAAGGACUGGACGAACAAGAUGCGCGGAUACAUGAAUCUUGCACAAUGCGGUGAAACAGUAUGGCCACUAGUACAUAAAUUCUUUGACAUGUACGAGAAGGGGCUAUUGCCGCGAGUCGAUGGUGUGAGAUACAUCGACCUGCCGAGGAAAGUGGAAGGGAGGUUGCCUGGGCAAUACUUCCUCAAGGACAACUCCGGCAAAAAAGUCUUGUUCCACUGCAUCAAGGCCAGGAAGGGGCCACAAGGCGCAACGGUGUCUAUACCUGACUUGACGCCGACAAUCUUCAAGCUGUUCGGCGAUAUGACAGCGAGAGAGAAGCAAGUGGUACUUCACCACAUGAUGCGUGGUGAUGUCAUCGUGACAUCACGUUCGGUACCUCGUGGUAGAUGCAACAUGGCGGACCUGGUUAAAUAUACUCGGCGUGAAAGAUAUAUGGUCCGUAUGUUCAACUACAUAUUGUUCAAGGCCGAGGGGAGGUCAAAAGAAGAGUGGAGCGCUGACUUUUUCAUCGGUUAUACGACCAUCUUGGAGAGGUACAGCAAAAACGGUCUGACGGACGAGAAAUGGACCGAGGAACGCGACCACAUCCCUGACGACAAGGCGAGGAAGGUGCCGAGGCGUUUGGGCGGUCCUGAUGAGAUUAAUGGUGAGAACGGUGCGGGACUAGAGGCAACCCAAGGCAUGUACAAGGAAACCCCGUUCCACCUCAAGUGUUUCAUCUACGAGCCAAUCGACUGCUUGGACGACCUGAGAGCGGAGGUUAAUCGGAUAUCCUCUAGUGCUUGUCACAUAUUUUGGGAAGUGGGGAAGAGGAUUACCACGAUCCUGCCAUUUGAAACAGAACCGAAGGGAGUGCUCACGGACAACGAGGAGGUUGUUGGUACGGCGAGGGGGAUGAAGAUACGAGCAACCAUUCUUGAUAUGUCAACAUCACCGAAAUGUGUUUCGUGGGAUGAUGACGCCUUUUCCAAACUGUACGCUUUCCUCAUGACAUACUGUGGCAAAAACUAGGCCUUGAUCAUUUUCGCGCCGAUGAAACACCAGAAACAGGUGAUGCAGAGUGUGUACAACUGGGAUGAUGUUGAGGUGCUCACAGGGUCAUGGUACAGACACU